GCUUUCACCUGGAAGUACAACAGUAAAUAGGUUCGCAGACCACCUUGUGUUGCGAAGAAGAUUGAUAACAAACGUUCGUGAUUUAAGACCUCGGCUGAAUAAACUUUACUAGAGAUUAUAAAGACCGAUCAGUCGUUCAGCUGACAUGCUCCCGUUAUCUUUACUGAAGACAGCACAGAACCACCCGAUGCUGGUGGAGUUAAAGAAUGGUGAGACAUACAAUGGUCAUCUGGUCAGCUGUGACAACUGGAUGAACAUCAACUUGAGAGAAGUAAUCUGCACCUCACGGGAUGGAGAUAAAUUUUGGAGGAUGCCGGAAUGCUACAUCAGAGGAAGCACCAUUAAAUACUUACGAAUCCCUGAUGAGAUCAUAGAUAUGGUGAAAGAGGAAGUAAUAUCAAAGGGACGUGGCCGGGGAGGUAUGCAGCAGAACAAGCCACAGGGAAAAGGCAGAGGAGGUGGACCUGGAAGAGGUGGUGGAGCCGGCAGAGGUAUUUUUGGUGGCCGUGGCAGAGGCAUGACGGGAACUGGCCGUGGACAGCAACAAGACAAAAAGCCUGGAAAACCACAAGGUGUCAAAAACCAAAACUAAUUAUAAAUAGAUCCUUCCCUCGUAUGUUAGUAUGAGUUUUACCCACUUUAGGCACAAGAGCACCUCUUCAGGUCUCUUGGUGUUCAUUCAUAAACAUCAUAAUUUUCUUUUAGAUAUUUAUUUACAAGCCUCAGUUCACGUAUCGAACUGUUAAACUUUUUUGCACUGAGUUUAUUGUAAAAGUACCGUGGCCGAGAGAGCUCAACAUGCUGCAACUAAAGAAAAACGCAUGCAAAUAGAUAAAACACCAGCAAAUUAAUAAAACUUAAUCUUCAUGAAAAUACUCACAACUCAAGCAAAUACAGAAAUGCACUGCAUAUAUUCACAACACACCAAAUACAGAAAUGUGCCGCACAUUUCAUGGACAACAUUUGUGGUCUGUGCUAAUUUCUGUAUUUGGUUGCUUUGUGAGUAUUUGCAGCACAUGUUGUCAAACUGAUGAAGAUGUUUUCUUCUUUUGCUGGUGUUUUUUUUUUUUUUUUAUUUGCAUGUUUUUUUCUUCAGUUGCAGUGUGUUGAGCUCUUUUGGCCACCAGGGGAAUAAAUAAAACAGAACCUUUUGUCAUGUGAAUUUGUACAGAAUUUCUGAUACUUUUUGUCAUCUACUUUCUCAGUUUGAUCAUCAG